AUGACAACAGUUUCUUCAGCAUUAUCCUCCUCUCAUAUUUCAUCCUCAUCGUGGAGAACAGAUUUCUUGAGCUCUCUUGCCCAGCGCGAUAAACGGGAGAAGUCCCAUGAUGAUUUUAUCUCUGCCUACUCUCGUCUAGCGUCACGCACCACCUCAAUUCACGAGUCUUCCGCUUCAUCCAAAGAUGCUUCUAAUGCACUCGGGGAUGGAGUCCCAGAAGGUGGAGACCUAGACCAAAGCUCACUUACAGUUGAGCCUCAAAGCGGUGGGUGA